AUGCAAUCGGUCUUGCUCGAAGUGCUUUCUCUCGGCAAUUGCGCGGAUGUCUCGCUCGUGCUCGAUCAAGCAAAUACAUAUUCCACCAACCUCGAGCAGCUGACCACUCAAGAUAACCCGGAGACUGAUCCGAGACCCAAGUGUGGUACAUGCGUCAAGUUCAAGUUAGAUUGCCGGUACCGAGAGCCUCAGCCCACGAAAAAGGACAAGACUCUCGUUGAGAUUCUAGAGCGCAUCAAAUCCCUUGAAGGCAAGAUAGACAAUUUGACUGCCCAAGGCCUAUCAACUGCGUUCCAUUCCUCAAUUUCUGGCGAUGCGUUUGUGCAAACACCAGCGCCCAUAGGAAGCAUCGGUGGGAGCAUCGCAAGCGUGAGCAGCAGCGCCUUUGUCCCUGCGCCGCCCUCAGACGCCGUGCUGUCGCCCGGGAAUGUGACGCACUACAACUAUGUCUCUUCGGCGCAAGCAAUGCUCGGCUGGCCCGCCGUCCAGGAGCUGCUGAAAGAUACCCUCCCAAGUGUGCCCGGUCGUGACCAGUCCUCUCUGACCGAACAAGACGGAAUUUCAAUACUACAAGGAGCAGGACCGCCAUUGCCCCUAGCCGCAACCGGCUCGAGGCGGCGCAGUCGAGCUGCAUCAAGUCUUGAAUCUCCAUCCUCUGCCGGCUCUCCAUCUUCCACUCAGGUGUUAAACAGCCUGACCUGGGAGUCAGUUCAGGUCCUCACCAAGGCCUUCUUCGACACUUUCAACCUCCUGCAUCCUAUCGUCGACCGCCAAGCAUUCAUAUCGACAACCCUUCCGGCAAUCUUGACGAACGGACUCAUGUUUGACGACAGUAUCCAGUCAACAUUGACAUACCUGAUCUUUGCAUUGGGUGAGGUUGCCAUCGACGCCUACUCGCGUCCUGGACGCGUAAAGGCACGCGUCACAGCCAAGCAUCCUGGACUGGUAUUCUUCAACGAGGCACGGAGGAGAAUGGGCUUCAGUCUGACCGAGUGCAGUUUGGAAAAUGUCCAGAAUCUACUACGAGACGUGCUUUUGCCACAUGGACUUCUGGCGCAUGACAAUUUCUGCGUCUUCUGCUUGUCAGGCUUUGCUAUCAAGGAGGACUACAUCAGUCAUUUCCAGGAGCAUUUUGCGUCCCAGAUCGUGCUUCGGCGACUGUCGGCGGACUUCAACAACGUCCUUAGCAAUGUAUCGGGCUCGCCAGCAUCCUCCAUAUCAUCUUCCUUGUCACCUGCGCCGGCGAUACCGGGCGCAAUCAAGCCACUUGCUAUGCAACUCGAUCAAUGGCGCGAGACUUUAUUGCCCAUGCACCUCCGCUGGGCAGAACCCGACCCUGGACUAUUUCCGUCGACGACCCAGGGUAUAUACGGUGCCACAGUCUACGCGACGACCACACCCGUGACAGCACCAUCGCCAGCUCCCUCUUCAGGCAUGCCACCAAUAACAUCGGUCGUUUUUACAGCGGAUCUCAGCAGCCAGCCGGUUGCGUAUCCCUAUGCAAUGGACAUCCAAAUUGCCCUGCUCCGCACGCGUUACUACACUACAAAGCUGCUGCUCUACAGACCGUUCAUCUACAAGGCGCUCCACCACCCAGACCAAAUGACCAAGGAGGAUGCGGAUGGGGUUGCGACGUGCCUCAACACGUGCCUCAAGUGGCCCAUCACCAUGUCGCCUGCCUGCACGCGCAAGCUUCUGAUUCCGUGCCUGUUCUUCUGGACACAGAACAUCCUCGGCGCGCUCGUCAUCUUGCAUCUAAGUGAUCAGGUGCCCAUACUCGCGCGGAUCAAGGCCAGCGGCAUCUGUGGGGCAAGGUUCGAGGCCGACGCGCGCGAGACGGUCAGGCUAGGGCUGGAGUGGAUUGGCGACCUGAAGGAGGUGGAUCCGCAGGCUGAGUGGGCCUGGAGUAUCGCCAAGGGGAUCUUCGGCCUAAACGACUGA